AUGGAGGCCUGGCGACAAUGUGCCCAGUGGCUGGUGGCUGCGCGGGUGCUGCCGGGGGGGCACCGGGCCAGCAGCACCACGGGGCAGGUCUGGGACCUGGCGCAGGCGCUGCGGGACGGGGUGUUGCUCUGUCACCUCCUCAACGCCCUCCUGCCCCAGGCCGUGCCCCCCCGCGACAUCUGCCCCCGGCCCCAGAUGUCCCAGUUCCUGUGCCUGAGGAACAUCCGCACCUUCCUGACCGCUUGUGCUGACAAAUUCGGGCUCCCGAAGCACCGGCUCUUUGGCGCCUUCGACCUCUUUGAUGUCCAGGACUUUGGCAAGGUCAUUGAGACCCUCUCGACGCUCUCCUGGACCCCCAUUGCCCAGAGCAAAGGCCUCAC